CAGAGCCUGCUUGAUGGGCACGGCUGGGAUGGAGAGUCCGAUCCUGGGGAACGGCAGAGCUGCCCCCGCUGUCACCGCUAGUGAGCGCCAAAGCCCAGACCGGCAAUGUGACCUCCGGCAAGAAGAUGUUGUUGUGGGAUUGGAAAGAGUAGGAGAAGAUAAGAAACAAGUGAUGAUAAAAAGGAACAGUGAGUGUAAUCCCCUACUACAAGAACCCAUUGCUUCUGCUCAGUUUGGUGGUACUGCAGUGACAGAAUGCCAAGACACCAUCCCACGAACACAAAUAGAAAAAAGGAAAACAAGCCUAUAUUUUUCCAGCAAAUAUAACAAAGAAGCUCUUAGCCCCCCGCGACGCAAAGCCUUUAAGAAAUGGACACCUCCUCGAUCACCUUUUAAUCUCAUUCAAGAAACACUUUUUCAUGAUCCAUGGAAGCUCCUCAUCGCAACUAUAUUUCUCAAUCGGACCUCAGGCAAAAUGGCAAUACCUGUACUUUGGAAGUUUCUGGAGAAGUACCCUUCAGCUGAGGUAGCAAGGACUGCAGACUGGAGAGACGUGUCAGAACUUCUGAAACCUCUUGGUCUCUAUGAUCUUCGAGCAAAAACCAUUGUCAAGUUCUCAGACGAGUAUCUGACAAAGCAGUGGAAGUAUCCGAUUGAGCUUCACGGGAUUGGUAAAUAUGGCAAUGACUCUUACCGAAUUUUUUGCAUCAAUGAGUGGAAGCAGGUGCACCCUGAAGACCACAAGUUAAAUAAAUAUCAUGACUGGCUUUGGGAAAAUCAUGAAAAAUUUAGUCUGUCUUAAAACUCUUUGAAGUUUUCAAACUUGUCUUUUAUGCAUUGCUUUGCACUUCAGUUCUUAAGAGCUCCCAUUAAGCACAACCAGCCAUCUUUCCAGCCAUGUAGAUUUUAAUUAGCCUGACCAGAUGCUCGGCUGUGUAUCUUGUUGAUGUGUGUGCCACUGGUGGAUCUUUGUUACUGAAUGU